AUGGAGUUCCUUGAUGAAGAUGCUAGGCCGAGGUUCGUUUUCCAAUCUCGUACCGUUGCUGCAUCUUCACCAGCUGAUCCAGAGACCCCACAAAAGAAAUCCCUCAACAAGCCAUUCCUCGCCGUAACCAUCUCCAUCUCUUCCCUUUUGUUGGCUCUCUCAAUCUUCUUUGUCCAAAACGAACCCUUCAAGUCACUCCUCUUCUGGGUAUCCACCUCCCUCUUGAUCGGCCCGCUCGCUCCAUCCCACAUUACAGGCGGCGACAUUCGUGUCGGUCAGGGUCCGAUUCUGGAGCCACUCAAUCCAGAACCCGAAGUCGUGACGGAGAAGCGGGCGCCGAAAAGGAGGGCGAAGCCAGUUAGAUCUGAAGACACGAUCGUGAAUCAAAUCCCGGCGAUGGGCUUAGGUCAACCAAAUGGGUCGUCGAGUCAGAAAGACAGGUUGGAAUCGGCGCCGAAUGAAGAAGAGAAAGACUGGAGCGAGGAGGAUUUCUUGAUCCUGAAGAAGCAAAUGGCGAAGAAUCCAGUGGGCAAGCCGAGGAGAUGGGAGGUCAUCGCCGAGGCGUUCAACGGGAGGCACAGAGUGGAGAGCGUGAUUAAGGCGGCGAAGGAAAUGGGUGAGAAGAAAUCGGAUGACAGCGAUUCAUACGCCAAGUUCUUGAAGAACAGGAAGCCAGUGGACGCCAGAGUCGAAGCUGCUGAGAUGGACGAAGGUGGAGCUGACAACGACGGCGGUGGAGGGAUGGCGGCCGUCACAUGGAGUUCUGGCGAGGAUAUUGCGUUGCUGAAUGCACUAAAAGCGUUUCCCAAAGAUGUAGCGAUGAGAUGGGAUAAGGUAGCUGCGGCAGUUCCUGGGAAGUCGAAGGCGGCUUGUGUGAAGAGAGUGAGUGAUUUGAAGAAAGGUUUCCGGAGCUCAAAAGCUGGUGGUGGUGCUAACUAG